UCCAGCUCUGAUUGGACGGAAAGGAUUUCUUUGGAAGAUGGCGACCUUGUGUAGGGCAUCGCAAUGGUUCAUGCUCCCGGCUUUGCGAAAUUCCUGCCUGAACCACGUCGGUAGAACAGCCAGCAGCCACAGGAAGUUUCACAAAAGCCACAAUAACAACCAAAAGUUCACUGGCAGCUAUGAGGUGGUGGACCACACGUUCGACGCUGUCGUUGUGGGUGCCGGAGGAGCCGGAUUGAGGGCGGCUUCGGGACUCGUCGAAGCCGGGUUCAAGACGGCUUGCAUCACCAAGCUCUUUCCCACCCGUUCUCAUACCGUAGCCGCUCAGGGAGGAAUCAAUGCUGCUUUGGGGAACAUGGAGCCUGAUGACUGGAGAUGGCAUAUGUACGACACCGUGAAGGGAUCGGACUGGUUGGGAGACCAGGACGCCAUCCACUACAUGACCAAGGAAGCACCCAACACGGUUCGGGAGCUGGAGAACUACGGCAUGCCGUUCAGCCGCACCCAGGAGGGCAAGAUCUACCAACGUGCCUUUGGCGGCCAGUCGUACAACUUCGGCAAGGGUGGCCAGGCACACCGCUGCUGCGCCGUGGCAGAUCGUACAGGCCACUCGUUGCUCCACACGCUCUACGGGCAGUCACUGAGCUUCAACUGCAACUUCUUUGUGGAGUACUUUGCCAUGGACCUGCUGAUGGAGAACGGCGAGUGCCGGGGCGUCCUGGCACUCUCCAUGGAGGACGGCACCCUGCACCGCUUCCGCGCCAAGAACACCGUCCUCGCCACAGGGGGCUAUGGCCGCACAUUCUUCUCAUGCACUUCUGCCCACACGUGCACGGGUGACGGGAACGCCAUGGUGACCAGAGCAGGACUCCCGCUCCAGGACAUGGAGUUCAUCCAGUUCCAUCCUACGGGCAUCUACGGUGCCGGCUGUCUUAUCACCGAGGGAUGUCGUGGCGAGGGCGGUUUCCUGAUCAACAGCGAAGGAGAGCGAUUCAUGGAGCGCUACGCUCCCGUCGCCAAAGACUUGGCCUCGCGCGACGUCGUCUCGAGAGCCAUGACCAUCGAGAUCCGGGAAGGAAGGGGCUGCGGUCCAGACAAGGACUAUGUGUACCUGCAGCUGCACCACCUGCCCCCGGAGCAGCUGGCUAUGCGCCUGCCGGGCAUCUCGGAGACGGCCAUGAUCUUUGCCGGCGUGGACGUCACCCGCGAACCCAUCCCGGUCCUGCCCACCGUCCACUACAACAUGGGCGGCAUCCCCACCAACUACAAGGGACAGGUCUUGACCCACGGCGAGAAAGUGGUCCCCGGCCUGUACGCCGCCGGGGAGGCGGCCAGUGCGUCGGUGCACGGGGCCAACCGGUUGGGGGCCAACUCGCUACUGGACAUCGUGGUGUUCGGCCGGGCCUGCGCCCACACCAUCGCCAACCUCUGCCGGCCGGGGGACAAAGUGCCGGACCUACCAAGCAACGCCGGAGAAGAGUCCGUCGCCAACCUGGACAAGCUGCGUAAUGCGAACGGGUCCCUUCCAGUCGCCAAGAUCAGGCUGAACAUGCAGAAGACAAUGCAGCAGCACGCGGCAGUGUUCAGGACCGGAGAGAGUCUUCAGGAGGGUUGCAAGAAGAUGGACGGUGUUUACAAUGAACUCAAAGACUUAAAGGUGAGCGACCGCGGCAUGAUCUGGAACACGGACCUGGUGGAGGGCCUGGAGCUCCAAAAUCUACUGUCCUGCGCCCGGCAAGCCAUCUACGCCGCCGAAGCACGCAAGGAGAGCCGGGGCGCGCAUGCCCGCGAGGACUUCAAGGACCGCGUGGACGAGUACAACUACGCCAAGCCGCUGGAGGGCCAGCAGAAAGUGCCCGUGGAGCAGCACUGGAGGAAGCACACUCUCUCCGACAUGGACACCGCCACCGGAAAGGUGUCGCUAGACUACCGGCCGGUCAUCGACGAAACCUUGGACCAGAAGGAGUGCAAGAUGGUGCCCCCCGCAGUACGCGUCUACUAGAGCCACGCCGCACCUCCUUCUGCCGAGGCUAGGCUUAACUUAAAACGCAGGUAGCACAGUGCCUCCGCAGAAAACACGGCUGAAGCAACUCUUUGUCUUUCAAGACGAUGGAAACCAGUGCAAUGAGGUUGUAGAAAAAAAAAGAAAAAAGUCCGUUCCCAUGGCUCCUUGUACAUACAAGACUUAGAUCUGGUUGACAAAAGCGUUUAUUUUUCUGUUUUUUAUCCCGGUCACGUAGCUCCGCUCUUCGGGACUUCUCCACGGCGGCUGCGCUCCUAAUCCAGGAAAUAAAGGUGUCUGUGGGAGUGGA